AGCUAGGCUCCCACCCUCCAUCCCUUCCAUCCGGCCAACAUUUUCCCCGGGCCGAGUGCAGUCGGGAAGGUAGGCUGCAAGCGGACCUAACGCGCGGACAGACAAAAUAUAGACGGCUGCUGAUUUUCGCCAUCGAGGUGUCCUGCGUGCGUGUGUGUGUUUAGCCACACAGCUUUUCAGCGCCGCUGCCCACUCCCACAGCCAACAGUAACAUGGCUGGGGCGUCGGUAAAAGUGGCGGUGAGGGUCCGGCCCUUCAACUCCAGGGAAAUGGCCAAGGACAGCAAAUGCAUCAUUCAGAUGACGGGAAACACCACAACCAUCCUGAACCCCAAACAGCCCAAAGAGAACAAGAGCUUCAACUUUGACUACUCGUACUGGUCUCACACCACGCCCGAGGACAGCAACUAUGCAUCCCAGAUGCAAGUGUACAAGGACAUUGGCGAGGAGAUGCUGCUCCACGCCUUUGAAGGCUACAAUGUUUGCAUCUUUGCAUAUGGCCAGACGGGAGCGGGCAAGAGCUACACCAUGAUGGGACGGCAGGAGACGGACCAGCAGGGCAUCAUACCGCUGCUCUGCGAGGACCUUUUUACCAAGAUCAGCGACAGCAAUAAUGAAAACAGCAUGUCAUACUCUGUGGAGGUGAGCUACAUGGAAAUCUACUGCGAGCGCGUGCGUGACUUGCUGAACCCGAAAAAUAAAGGCAACCUGCGAGUAAGAGAGCACCCGCUAAUGGGGCCCUAUGUGGAAGAUUUGUCCAAGUUGGCCGUCACCUCUUACAAUGACAUCCAGGACCUGAUGGAUUCUGGAAACAAGGCCAGAACCGUCGCUGCUACAAACAUGAAUGAGACCAGCAGCCGCUCGCACGCCGUAUUUAACAUCAUCUUCACUCAGAAGAAACACGACUCCGACAGUGACAACACGUCAGAAAAGGUCAGCAAAAUCAGCCUGGUGGACUUGGCCGGGAGCGAGCGGGCCGACUCUACCGGCGCAAAAGGAACCAGACUGAAGGAAGGCGCCAACAUCAACAAAUCGCUGACCACGCUGGGCAAAGUUAUCUCUGCUUUAGCUGAGCAGGAUUCGGCCCCAAACAAGAACAAGAAGAAGAAGAAGGUGGAGAGUUUCAUUCCAUACAGAGAUUCAGUCCUGACGUGGCUACUGAGGGAGAACCUGGGUGGAAACUCUCGCACUGCCAUGGUGGCUGCUCUCAGUCCCGCCGAUAUCAACUACGACGAAACCCUCAGUACACUCCGGUACGCCGACCGCGCAAAGCAGAUCCGCUGCAACGCCGUCAUCAACGAGGACCCGAACAACCGUCUGGUGCGCGAGUUGAAAGAGGAGGUGGCUCGCCUCAAAGACCUGCUCUACUCUCAGGGCCUGGGCGAUAUCAUCGAGAUGACCAACGCCAUGACGGGCAUGAGCCCCUCGCCCUCGCUGUCGGCCAUGUCCAGUCGCGCCCCCUCCAUCAGCAACCUCCACGAUCGGAUCUUCAGCCCGGCCAGCGAGGAGGCCAUCGAGAGGCUCAAGGAAACAGAGAAAAUCAUUGCGGAGCUCAACGAAACUUGGGAAGAGAAACUACGGCGCACCGAGGCCAUUCGCAUGGAGAGAGAGGCCCUCCUGGCCGAGAUGGGCGUUGCCAUGAGAGAAGAUGGAGGCACCGUUGGCGUUUUCUCCCCCAAAAAGACGCCGCAUCUGGUCAACCUAAACGAGGACCCGCUGAUGUCCGAAUGUCUCCUUUACUACAUAAAAGACGGCGUCACAAAGGUCGGUCGCGAGGAUGCCAAGGCGCGCCAGGACAUCGUACUCAGCGGCCAUUUCAUCCGAGAUGAACACUGCACCUUCAGUAGCACCACGGGCCCGCAGGGAGAAGGUUGUGUGAUUCUGGAGCCAUGUGAGAAUGCAGAGACCUACGUGAAUGGAAAGCGAGUCACGUCGCCCACGGUGCUGCGCUCAGGCAACCGCAUCAUCAUGGGCAAGAGUCACGUGUUCCGCUUCAACGAUCCCGAGCAGGCCCGGCUGGAGCGUGAGAGGACGCCGUGCGCCGAGACGCCGGUAGAGCCCGUCGACUGGGCCUUCGCUCAGAGGGAGCUGCUGGACAAGCAAGGCAUCGACAUGAAGCAGGAGAUGGAGCAGAGGCUUCAGGAGCUUGAGGACCAGUAUCGCAAAGAAAGAGAAGAAGCCAGUAUCUUGCUUGAGCAACAGAGGCUGGACUACGAAAGUAAGCUGGAGGCUCUCCAGAAGCAAGUGGACUCCCGGUACCUGGAAUCACCCGAAGAAGAAGAGGAGCCAGAGGAAGAAGUGCCGUGGACUAAGCGUGAGACGGAGCUGGCUCUGUGGGCUUUCCGCAAGUGGCGCUUCUACCAGUUCACCUCGCUGCGGGAUCUGCUUUGGGGCAACGCCAUCUUCCUCAAGGAGGCCAACGCCAUAAGUGUGGAGCUGAAGAAGAAGGUCCAGUUCCAGUUUGUCCUUCUGACGGACACGCUGUACUCCCCGCUGCCGCCUGACCUGCUGCCGCACAGCGAGACCAAGGAGAGGGAAAGGCGACCCUUCCCGCGCACCAUCGUGGCUGUUGAGGUACAGGACCAAAAGAACGGAGCCACGCAUUACUGGACUCUGGACAAGCUCAGGCAGAGACUGGACCUGAUGAGAGAAAUGUAUGAUCGGGCCGCCGAGCUCCCGAGCAGCGCCGUGGAAGACUGCGACCACGCCCUCACCGGCGGCGACCCCUUCUACGACCGCUUCCCGUGGUUCCGUCUGGUUGGCCGGGCGUUUGUGUACCUGAGCAACCUGCUGUAUCCUGUUCCGUUGGUCCAUCGAGUGGCCAUCGUCAGCGAGAAGGGCGAAGUGAAGGGCUUCCUCAGAGUGGCUGUGCAGUCCAUCUCAGCGGAUGAAGAAGCUCCAGAUUAUGGUUCCGGUGUGAGGCAGUCAGGCACGGCCAAGAUCUCCUUUGAAGAUAAGCAGUUUGAAAAGUUCCAUACGGAGUCUUGUCCACCAGUAGGUCUUUCCCACUCCAACACGUCCCAGGAAGAGCUCCGCAUUGUGGAAGGAGAAGGACAAAACGCUGAGGUGGGCAUAUCUGCAGACGAAGUCAACAACAACACGUGUGAAGCUACCCCAGAGCCUCCACCCAGUCCCUCGAAGAGCUCAGGACUUGCUCUGGACCUUCCUUUGGAGCUCUCGCCGGAGAAGGCUUUGGCACACCUGCAGAUAGGCAGCACCUUCACCUUCAGAGUCACUGUCUUGCAGGCCUCCAGCAUCUCGGCCGAGUACGCCGACAUCUUCUGCCAGUUCAACUUCAUCCACCGACACGACGAAGCCUUUUCCACCGAGCCGCUGAAGAACACCGGCAGGGGGCCGCCGCUUGGCUUUUACCACGUGCAAAAUAUCUCCGUGGAGGUGACCAAGUCAUUCGUGGAGUACAUCAAGAGCCAGCCCAUCGUCUUUGAAGUGUUUGGUCACUAUCAGAAGCAGCCUUUCCCACCCCUCUGCAAGGAUCUCAUCAGUCCACUGAGACCUUCCAGAAGGCACUUUCCCAGAGUGAUGCCUUUGUCCAAACCAGUGCCAGCCACCAAGCUCAGCACUCUGACCCGCUCGGCCGCCGGUCCCUGUCACUCCAAGCAUGACCUCAUGGUCUUCUUUGAGAUCUGUGAACUGGAAGCCAGUGGAGAUUACAUCCCAGCUGUCGUCGACCACCGAGGCGGGAUGCCCUGCCAUGGCACCUACCUCCUACAUCAGGGUAUCCAGAGGAGAAUCACAGUGACCAUCGCUCAUGAAAAUGAGAACGACAUUGAAUGGAAAGAGGUGAAAGAGCUCGUGAUUGGUCGCAUCCGAAACACCCCGGAGGCCGACGAGACCAUCGUAGAUCCCAACAUCCUCUCGCUGAACAUCCUCUCUUCUGGAUAUUUCUGGCCAAAACAUGACGACAAGACCUUCUACCGCUUCGAGGCAGCGUGGGACAGCUCCAUGCACAACUCGCUGCUCCUGAAUCGAGUUACGCCUUACGGAGAGAAGAUCUACAUCACCCUCUCGGCCUACCUGGAGAUGGAGAACUGCACUCAGCCGACAGUCAUCACCAAAGAUUUCUGCAUGGUGUUCUACUCUCGCGACACCAAACUUCCCGCCUCACGUUCCAUCCGAAACCUCUUCAGCACAGGCUGCCUCAGGCCUUUGGAGAGUAACCGCGUUACCGGAGUCUACGAGGUGACGCUCUGCUACGUGGCCGACAACGGCAGUCCAGGAAUGCAGCGACGUCGCAGGCGAGUGCUGGACACGUCGGUGGCGUACGUCCGAGGGGAGGAGAACCUGGCUGGGUGGAGACCUCGCAGUGACAGCCUCAUUUUGGACCACCAGUGGGAGCUGGAGAAGCUCAGCUUACUUCAGGAGGUGGAAAAGACCCGGCAUUACCUGCUGCUGAGGGAGAAGCUGGAGGCCACCCUGCUGGCCGGCCAGGAUGCCCUCUGCAAGUGCGGCGGCGACAUCAGCGACUUGGCUAUGAGUCCCGUCCUUGGCAGGAGUCCUCUCGGCACCCCGGCACUGGACAGCCCCAACCAGCGGCAGAGGGAGCUGGCUGCCAAGUGUCUGCGUCUGCUGAUGCACACCUUCAACAGGGACUACAGCCAGGUGAGCAGCAGUGCCAGUGAGAGCAAGCUCUCCGAGAUAUCGGCGUCCAUCAUGAGAGAGGCGUCCGUGUCCACGCUCAGCACGCUCACGCCGUCCUCCACCUGCCCUUCUCUGAUUGAGGGCCACUUUGACAUCAGACACGCAGAGCCCGGUUCUGGAGCAUCCAGCCCUGAUCUGGACCCGUUCAGCCCGAUAGACAGAAAGAAAGCACUCAAAGGCUGCAGCUUUGUUCCGGACAUUCAGGAGAUUCGAGUCAGUCCCAUCGUGUCCAAGAAGGGCUACCUCCACUUUCUGGAGCCACACGCCAGUGGCUGGGUCAAACGCUACGUGGUGGUGCGCCGGCCCUACGUAUACCUGUACCGCAGUGAGAAGGACGCCGUGGAGCGAGCCGUCAUCAACUUGUCGUCAGCCAAGGUGGAAUACAGUGAAGACAAGCAAACCUUGCUGCGGACACCAAACACAUUUGCCGUGUGCACUGAGCAUCGUGGGAUCCUGCUUCAAGCCAACAACGACAAAGAGAUGCACGACUGGCUUUAUGCCUUCAAUCCUCUCUUGGCGGGUACCAUCAGGUCCAAACUGUCCAGAAGAAAGUUGGUCCAAUCGGCGCCGGUGGCCCAGAGGAUGUGAGAUGAGACUCUUCACGGGCAUCCUUGAAAUUUAAAAACCACCGACUCUGGUAUCUUACAUAGCCACUGGAAAUACCCUUUGAAAAGUCUCCCCAACAUGUCGACGGCGCCCAGUCACAUACGUGUAGCUAGCCCUUCCUUUGUUGUUAGCAAUAUGGCUAAUACGUUUUUUUUGUACACAGUGCCACCCGGUGGGAGGGGCGGGGUCCUCUGCAUGACGAUAACGCUAGUUUGCGUAUUCGAUCCUAUUAUACGCUUUUCGCUUCGGAGGCGUGACAGUACAACAAUACAUGAAAUACGAGUUCAAGUGUCACGUGGCUAAUGAAAGCGUGUAGUACUCGUACUAGUCGCCCGUCACUACUCGUACGAGCAGCGUGCAUCAGUGCACAAUUUUGCCUCACUAGUAGCAUGUAGUUGGCCGACUAGCAUGCUAAAGUUGUCUGCACAAACAUAGCCUGACAAAAAAGUUACUAGUUAGACAGUCGUUCAACUUGUGCGCUGAAUUAUCUUACUUGCUUUCCGGGUCAGGUUAGGUUACAUGAUAAUCAAGACCAAAUUUAAGGGUCAACUAUAACUUUGUAUUACGCCCCAGAAAGAAAAUCACACAACAUAACACCCUGGCCUUUAAAAGAGGGGGGGAAAAAACGAUCAUCCCUUGUGCAUAUUAUCACAAAGUAAUGUUGUGUAUUGUUGUAUUAUGUUUGAAUAAUUUGUGAUGGAACUAGCGACCAAUUUUGUUGCACGGCACUUUAUUGUUCUUGUUAAGUCGUUGCUUUACCAAAGCUUUUUUUUUGUGUGCAUAGUUUGCGCUUGUUUUACCAAACUUUAUUGUGUCAAGAUGACAAAAAAGAGUUGAACUUAAAGUUACAUAAUUAUCCUGUGCUCUAGAAUUUAGGAGAAACUAGCGUAGAUAAACUAGAUCCAACUGGUAGAUUGUUUUUUAAUUGUAGGAGACCUCAUUAACUUCCCUCGUUGAGUAUAGCAUUAAAAUGACAACGUUUGGAAAGAUUUUCUUUUGGGGGGGGCAAGAGGAACAUGUUUUUUUCUUUUUUGCAUUGUCCAGAAUUGGUCUUUUUUAGUCAGUGUUGUUUCAGAUUACUGUAAAAAAAAAAAUUGAAGGAUUUUGCAGAGGAAAUGUCCACACAGCAUCUAGAGCCUCCCCGUUUCUCAAACAAAUAGGUUUCAUUCUUUGCUCGAUGAAAUCAAUGAGCAUCCUCAUAUGCCCAUCACUAGAAGUAGAUGAGCAAAGUUACUUUGUAGCAACUCAACAAUAAUUUCCAGUGCAAUGAAGUGAAAUUGGACCCUUCCCCGGGGCACAUUGUUGGGAAUGGCCACACUGAGAUGAUCCCCCCCAAAACAGAAUGACAUUUUGAAAAAGGAAAGGUUUGUCCAAGACUCGAUCUGCCAACCCUUGGCUCUGUUGUCUUGCACGCUGCAGGCUGGCCAACCUGUUUAGUCGUGCGGCGGCCCGAAAUGAAAACACAAAUGUCAUUUCUGCACGGUUUGGCUCAUCUCAGUCAAAAAUGUCAGUCAGAGGGAUUUUAGAUAACCUUCGAUGCGCUUCAAUUUUAUUCAAGUAGAAUCGCGCACAUGUAUAUUAAACCGCACUGCGGGUCAAAGUACCCAAUUCUGAUUUUUAUUUGUUUCUAUGUUACAAGUAACAUGUGGCUUAGCAAUAUUAAGUAUAAUAUAUACUAUUAAAGGUGACGUAGUGUCAAAUGAACUUGACUUACACACACAUGCAGUUAAAACAGUUUCAAAGUCAUUCGAGUAUCCCAAGAAAACAAAAUGAGGGAUUCAUGAUCUUUUUGUGGAUUCAUCUAACACAUAACGUUAUUCAGGGCCUCUAUAGUGUAUCCAUUUGUGUGCACUGUGCGCCUCGCUUUGUGUCGGCCUGCUUCUUUCCGGUCGGAGCCAAGCAUGCGGGUCCGUAUGUAGUCCCCUCCUCUUCCUCUUUCUCCUGCUGCCUCUAAAAGAUCUGCUGUAAACUGAAGUCCCCAAUCUUUGUAAUGGAUCCUCUCUUCUGCCUCUGUCUUGUAUAUAGUACAGUAAACGAUGAGUUGCGGUGUG